UGUAUGGUUAAUGGAGCACCGAGCUUGGAGACAAAAGACCUGGCCUCUUAGCUCUACUGCUGACGGCAGUGUGGUGGAUGAUUCCCUUUCUCUGGACUUUCUCUCUGGACUUACUAUCUUAACCUGUCAUAGGAUGGUGUGUUUCUCUCAGAGCCUGUGGAAUUAUAUGCUCCUGUGGAGUGGGUGAAGUGAUAGAGGAAAAGGAGCUAUAUAGAAGCACACAGCAGGGGGCGCCAGGGUAGCUUAAAAGUCUGUCUUCUGCUCAGGUUGACAUCUCUCGGUCCUGGGAUUAAGCCUGGCAUUGGCAUGGGGCUCCCUGCUCAAUGGGGAGUCUGCUUUUCUUUCUCUGCUUCUCUCUCCCUGUGCCCUUUUUUUUUUUUUUUUCAAAAUUUUAUUUAUUUAUUUGACAGAGAUCACAAAGACAGAGAGGCAGGCAGAGAGAGGGGGGAAGCAGGCUCCCCGCCAAGCGGAGAGCCCCAUGUGGGGCUCGAUCCCAGGACCCUGAGAUCAUGACCUGGGCCAAGAGCAGAGGCUUAACCCAUUGAGCCACCGAGUCACCCCACCCCAAAUAAAUAAAAUCUUAAAAAACUAUGACAACAACAACAACAACAAAACCCAUAGCAGGCUUUAAGGGAUGUGGUUCUCAACUGGUGACAAUUUUCCCCUCAGGAGACCUGUGUCAAAAUCUGGAGAUGUGCUGUUGCUACAACCAGUGGGUGCUACUAGCUUCUAGUGGGUAGAAGCGGGAACACCACUGAACAUCCUACAGUGUAGGACAGCCCUCUCCAACAAAGAAUCAUCCUGCCCAGAAUGUCAGUAAUGCAAGCCUACGUUAAGGUGAUCAGACUCCAUCUCUUACUUCUCUGCUUUGCAAUUCCAGGUAACUUCAUAGUUCCUUUCCUAAUCAUCCCUCUUGCAUUGAAUAGGAGUUUAAUUUGCUAAAUUGUGCUGAAGUUACUGGCUGAUCAUCCAAUAAACCAUGGUGGCUUGAUUAAUUAGUAUACUAUCAGGAUUCAUUUAGAGGAGCAGAAUCAUGAGGCAUAUGCAGUCUGUCUGUAUGGGGAAUUCGUUAGAGGCAUUUGACUUUAUUCAAGUAUGGCUCUGGUUAAACAGUCUCUGGAAGAUAAUUUUCGGAUCUGGUGGUAGAGCUGGAUGUCUGUAGGGCCUGCAGUGGGGAAGGGAAGGUGGAUAAAAUGUGAGGAAAAGCAAGGACAAGAUGGAGCCCAGGAGGAUGGACAGAAACCCUUGUCAGUUCUCACUGGCUCCAGUGUUAAGGAAGUGAAAGUCCUACAGCUGGUGGCCUUUAUUGCAGACCUGACCACACACCUGGCUCAGGAGAGUGAGAAGCUGUACGAGUGUCCAGGGGAAGUUGUAGCAAUUGCUGGUCCAACUGUGACCUCACACCAACACGGUACCUAGCAGACAAAGUACCUGCCCUCACCUAGCAAGCCUCAACACAAAAUGCUGUUGCUUCAUUUCAGCCUUCCAGGUCUUGCACAAAAGUCUCUUGUGGCACACCCUAACCAGAAACAUUCAGGGAAGGGAAUUCUGGGAAAUGUAAUUCAGGCUAGCCAACUUGCCAUGUUACAAAGCCACAGCCACUGGAUCCCCAUUUUUGAGAAUGUGUUAGUGAAGAAUGGGCUUAGAGUCCACAUCUGUACAGGUUCACCAAUGCUGCAUGGUCAGGCUGAGUGGGAAGGUUUUGAACUUCUUUUUCCUUCAGGACAAUAACAUCACAUGCAACAUAAGGAGGUGUUUUCUCGAACUUGAUAAGAACUUCCAUACUUUUCAUUUCAAGUGCUAAGAUUGAGAGUGACUUAAGAGCCCUUGUAUGAUGGUCAACUAAUCUUCGACAAAGCAGGAAAAAAUAUCCAAUGGGAAAAAGUCUCUUUAACAAAUGGUGUUGGGGAAACUUGACAGCGACAUGCAGAAGAAUGAAAUUGGACCACUUUCUUACACCUAUACAAAAAUAAAUUCAAAAUGGAUGAACGACCUAAAUGUAAGAUAGAAAACCACCAAAAUCCUAGAGGAGAAAACAGGAAGCAACUAUUUGACCUCAGCUGUAGCCGCUUCUUACUAGACCUACCUCUGGAGGCAAGAGAAACAAAAGCAAAAGUGACCUACUGGGACCUCAUCAAGAUAAGAUGCUUCUGCAUAGCAAAGGAAACAACAAACCCAGAAGGCAACCAGUGGAAUGGGAGACCGUAUUUGCAAAUGAUAUGUUGGAUAAAGGAGAAUCGUUCCACGAGAAGCAAACUUCCAGCUGUCUCUCGACUGGCGUGGUUGCUGACAUUCCCAAUGAUGAUGAGCUAAAGGUAGGCAUCAUCGGAGGCGGCCACCUCGGGAAGCAGCUGGCUCGUGUACUGCUUCAGCUUGUCCCCAUCCCUGCUGAGAACCUGAGGAUCUCUACUCGGAGGCCAGAGGCCCUGGAUGAGUUCCAGAACCUGGGAAUCCAGUGUUUUUACCAUAACCCUCAACUGGUGGACUGGGCCAAUGUGAUAUUCCUCUGCUGCCUGCCAUCUCAGCUGCCUAAUAUCUGCCUGGAAAUUCAAACCCACCUCGAGAAAUACCACAUCGUGUACAGCUUUGUAGCUGCCAUCCCAAUAGCCAGGUUGAAACUCCUACUGAACCACACCAGUAUCUUGCGGCCUCAGUAUCAGUGUGUUGAAGAAUGGGUCAACAUCUGGGGGCCCAAUAAGGACAUCAGAGCGGCCCUGAAAGAUCCCGUGAUUCUUCAGGCCACCUGCCCGUUCAGCUCGGCUGGGGGAAUAACCCUCAAUUCCAAGUGGCUGGAGGGAGUGCUGUACACGGUCCUAAAUGUCUGCACCGCCAGGGACGUGCCUCACCUACAAGCGCUGCAGCGGCUGAACCAACUGCUCCUCUCUGUGCACUCCGCAGCCUGUGGGAAGGAUGGAGCGUCUUGCCCCACCCUCGAGUUACGUGAUCUUGUCAGCCAGGUCUACAGCAAGAACCUGCCUCAGCGGAGGCCUUUCCCCUGGUUUGAUCUGACUGCGGUGCAACUCAAGGAAACUCCCUUUAGUCAGCAUCUCUCAGUCAGUCCUGCUCUCCAGGACCACCUUACCUAUCGAUACUGUGAUUCAUUUGGCAUCUCCCUAACCAAAGAACAGCAGCCAGCGGUUUCUACGGGCUCUGCCUCUCAGUAAGAGAAGAGACCUCGGGAAUUUUUUUCCCUCCACAAUGCUUGCACCCUGAUUAUCACAAUUGUCACUGGGAGUCAUGUGAGUGUACUGUGUUUGCCACAUAUUUGGGCACUGAGGAAUUAGAAAAUGGUACUAAUUAAUCUUUAACAUACAGAAUAAAAUGAGGUCUUUUAUAUCAGUAUAUCUGGGUAUGUCUGGCUUUUGGAAGCAACCAAAUGAAACCAUAACCUGACACACUUAAGUUGCUUCCCCAGGAAUAUAAAUUAUCUUUCUUCUAAAAGCUAAAUUCAAGAAGUUAAGUCAUAAUUAGACAAUACAUACUGUGGCUUGUUUUCCUAUAGCAGUGUGUAGCUAACAAAUGAUACGUCUUGAUUUUCCUACCACUUUGGAAUAAAGAAGUAAAAUGUGGUAAAUGA